UCUGAAGUGCCCAAAAGCACCGAGUCCGACCGAGCCCAACGAAGACGAACCGAACCACCCCCCUUCUCCGCCCCCACCCGAACCCACCCACCCCCCACCCCCACCCUCGCCUCGCCGCUCUGUGGCAAUGGAGCCGUAGCCGAACAUCAGUGCGCUUAAGUGAGCCGAGUGCGCGGAGCGGCGACGGACCGGAGGAGACAGCUGAGACCGAGCGGCGAUGGAGGCGCAGCGCAGCGAGGCUGGAGUCUAGACUGCACGUUCAACCAAUCCGAACACACCAACGGAUUACUUUUUACACGCCAUUUUUUUUGAACUCUCAAUAUCACUAUUAGAACAGGACCCCCCCCACCCCCCCCCUUUUUCUUUCCACAUCAUAAUAUUGCUGUAUCGUUGCACGGCGAGGAUGCAGGGGAAGGAGGCGAGCUUUUGCACAGGAUGCUGGAGACUAACGCUGCUGUCGUGCGUCCUGGCUCUGCACCUGGUCCCGCUGUCGGUCCACGGAAACGUUGUCGGCACCAACGCCACCGAGCCGGACCGCGCGGCCAAUAUUACCUCCCAUCUCAGUGAGGAGGAGGGGCCCCUCAAGGUGCACGAGGCCGUCGCCACGGUAACCGCGAUGAGCAGCCCGGCCAGUCCCGCCACUGCGACCCCAAAGGCGGGCCGGGUCGCCCGCGCCGGCGAGGAGGACGAGCAGAGCAGCGGCAUGUUCGGCGAAGCGGUGGUACCCGCGUUGGAGGAAGUUUCCGUCGCCUCUCCGCCCCAAUUGAGCCCCGACUCGGCUGAGACGGAGCACCUGUUGCCGAGCAACCCACACCGGGACGUCAUGGAGAGCGAGCAGGAAGGAGUAGAGCGUCCGCCGCAAACCGACCCACCUUGGAUCCACGCCAAGGACACGGCCGUGUUCGACAUGGACCGCCUCUUCACCACCACCACCACCACCACCGCUGCGCCCUCAGCCCCCACCAACCCCGCUGGCCCCGACGUCCUCCACGUCGACUUCUUCGACCCCUCGUCUCGUGGCCGUGGCCUUGACCUAGCCCCGCCCUCUCCCUCAUCGCUGGAACACGAGCUGCAGGGAGGUGACACGACCUCCUGGGCGAUGCCGGACAGCUACGACUACCUCACGCCUUACGAGGAAGGCGUGUCCCCCACGGCCGACGAGUACACCUACAGCACCACCACCGACGAGAGCGACGACGACCUCCGUCUCUCCGCCGGGUCCCGACCCAAGCCACGGGUCCCGGGGUCCGGCUCCUUCAUCCCGGGGGCGGCGCUUCCUGGAGGGGGAGCUGCGGCGCCAAACACAGGGUCAGACGGGAUGGGCGGAUGCCGUGUCGGGUUCCAGAUGGUGAACAGAAGUUGCCGCUCGCCCUGCGACAUGCUGCCCAACUACUGCUUCAACGGGGGGCAGUGUUACCUGAUGGAGGGCACGGGGGUCUUCUGCAGAUGUAACGUCCAGGAUUACAUCUGGCACAAGGGCGCACGCUGCGAUUCGGUGGCGACCGAGUUCCAGGUGAUGUGUCUGGCCGUGGGCGCCUCGGCCUUGGUGGUCCUGCUGCUCUUCAUGAUCAUCGUGUGCUUCGCCAAGAAGCUUCACGUGCUCAAGACGGAGAACAAGAAGCUACGCAAGCGCAGCAGUAAGUACCGGCCUUCAUCGGAGCAGCACAAUGAUAAUUUCUCGCUGUCCACCAUCGCUGAGGGCUCCCACCCAAAUAAAACCAUGAGCAGAUACACCUGGGAGUGUAAGACCAAAGAGGAGUCCGACUGCGAGGACGAUCCUAAUUCCCAGAACAAGCUGGAGGACCCGGUGAAGGCCGCGCCCAAGGAGGACGACUCCCUCAACAUCCACAACUCCCUGACCCCCAAACACGAGAACCACAAGGUCCUGGGCGAGGAGAACUCCUCGGAGGUAAACUCACUGCAGAACAACAUGAUGUGAAAACAAAACAAGCCCAGCAACCUGACGACACAACACUGAAAACGACAAAAGGUGCGCCCCCAAACCUCCCUCCAACCCCAACAAUCCCCCGCUGCUCCCCGUCCAAUUGUGCCGGGGGCACCAACGGGUCAACCAACCAACCAACCAACCAGCCUGCCAACCAACGUACCAGCAUACCAACCCUGGUCGACAACCGUCUCCAACACGGCCAAACUGCCACCAAGCGGCCCAGGCUGCUGCUGCAAAAAACACACCGUACACCACCACCAACACCACCAACACCACCACUGCUGCCGCCAAUAGCGCCCCUGCUUAGAGUAACCCCCCUUCCAACGAAUCUCACCCUGCCGCCGCCUUGCAACCCCCUCUUACAUCCACUCACGCCCCUCGUUUCACUGCCCCUCCCCCUUGUCGCUGUCACUUUAUUCUCCCUUAUCUCUCUAACCUGCACACACACGCACACAUACAUACAAACGCACAUAAGAAGCACGCACAUACAGUGAAAAGAUGAAAACAAAGACAUGCGUAUAUGUAUACACACAGACACACACACACACACACACACACCUUCCCCUGCCUGCAUUGGUGUAUUUUGUAAAAAGAAAGAAAUCAUACAGAAGUUUAAAACGUACGUGAAACGUCAUUGUAAAAAAAAAGAUAAAAACUACUGAGAGGUUUUGAUGUUUGUCUGACUAAUCCAGUGAGUAUGUAUAAAUAUUGGAGAAAAAAAAAAUCCUUGAAUUGAUUUCAAAAGAAGCAACACAAUGUGUCUUGGUUUUCAUUGAUGUGAUUUCUAAUCCUUUGAUGUAUUUGUUUUUUUGUUGUUUUUUUGUACUUUUUUGGGAUUUUGAACAGAAUAAGCGAUUCAGACAGUUGUUGAAAUAAACCUUUUUAACAUGA